GACAUUUGCCGUUCAAUACACUUUGACAAACAGCUGUUUUCAUAUCCCUAGACGAUAUUUGGUGUAGCUUUGAAAACGCAUCAAUAAUAAAUAAAGGAUUUUCUGAAAAUGUCGGUACCGUUUGCCGUGCAGACACAUUCACGACAAGUUUGUAGCCUUUACAAACGUGCUCUUCGUAAUCUGGAGGCUUGGUAUGACCGCAAAAAUAUUUACCGCUAUAGAGCGGUGUUAAUGCGUCAGCGGUUUGAAAAAAAUCGCUGUGUGAGCGACAUGGCUGAAGCCUCACGUUUAUUAGCUGCUGGCGAACAAGAGCUCUUCGAAACCAAACAUUUCCAGCCGAAAUACCCCGCUAACAGCGUUGGUGGAUGUGCGUUUGAACGAGAGGUAAUUCCUCCCGAUUGGGUUAUUGACUAUUGGCAUCCACUUGAAAAAGCACAGUAUCCCGAGUAUUUCGCUAAACGGGAACAACGCAAGAAGGAAUUUGUUGUUUGGUGGGAGAAACAAUACGGCAAACCCGAUCCAAAGGAUUUGGGACACCAUUAAAAAUAUGCCGAAUAAAUCUGAGGCAAAAACGAACGAACAUUGUUGUCAAAAUUAAAUACAAAGAAGUGUAGAAGUUUAAGCUGCCUAUGGAAAAUAAAUCAUUGUAUUUAGCCUAGAGA